AUGUCUCGCAACAUUAAGCGAAAAUUUUCGACCCCGGUCAAGGUCAAGACUGCCAACCGCCGUCGCCGGGUGUCCGACACCCCCUCAACCUCUUCAUUGGAUCUCUCUGAUGAUGGCGGAUACUCUGCUGUAGAAGACAUCAGCGACUCGUCUGAUGACGAUGAGGAAGAUGUUGCUGCGGCCGAGGAGUCCAACAUUCUUGAGGAGGCUCUUCCCCCAACCCCUCAGCCAGCUCCUCGGCCGCAACCAACCAUUGAGGAGGAUGACGAUGACGAAGAAGAGGAAAACGACAAUGAUGAUGAACAAGAAGGCUUAGACAUCGAAGACGACGAUGCCGGUAGCUGGGGAGGCAUCGUCUCGGAUGUUGAGGAAGAACCAGCAGAUGUCUACCAGGAUGCAAACAUCUUUGGCUCAGACAACCCUGUUGAGCGCCACGUUCACUUUGACGUACCUUCAAGCGAUUCUGACGAUACCGACACUGAUGAUGAAAUCCAGGGGUUCUUUCCUGACAUUUUCGUCUCCCAGAACACCCUGGAUCCUUCAUUCCGUCGGGAGAUUGAGAACGAUCCCGACGAGUCAUCUGGUUCGGGCUCUUUUUGGGACUUCAACAACCAAUAUGAGGAGCAGGAUCAGGAGUCUGAUGCUGAAGAGAUUUUCCGUCAACUUGACAACGAUACCCCCUUCGCCACACCAAUGGCUUCUCAGCAAGCCACUGCCGCUUCUACUCCCGUACCCCUCUUUGAGGAGCCAACUGAGUUGGACGGUUACGAGACCGAUGGCGACACUACAGAAGAGGACGAGCCAGAACCCGUGGUCCGAAGAAAGACUCGACGCCCUUCCCACCCAAUGAGCGAUGCCUCCGACUCAGAUGCGGAUAGCCCAGUCAAGGCUGAGCGUGGCCAGCCCCGAUUGGGACGCUACAACCUGGACCGCUCGGAUAAGAAGCCCAUCGCUGUGCUCAAUCCUGUUACUGGCAAGAUGAUGAUCUUUACCCCUCAUCGCCGACAUCAAUUGGACCUAUCACCCGAACAGUUCAACUUCCCCUGGACAACAGAGGGUCCUGAGUCGCCUAUCAUGAGCAACUCUGCCAAUCUCAUGCUCAGUGCCAUGUUCUCUUCCAACACCUUCGGCGACUUCUUCAACACAGGUCAGGUCAUGGGUCCUCAAGAGGCAUUCUAUCCUUUCCCCUCUGAGCCCAAUACCGCCGAUGAAAGCUCGACCGCGCCUAGCUUGCCAGACGACGAGGAUGAAGAAGAUGACGAACUUAACUUGGACCUCAACGACUUCAUUGCCUGGGAGGAGAACGACUCUUCUGGUGAGGAGGACAAUGGUGACAACUGGGAUCCCGCAUCAACACCUGCCAGGCCUAGCACUGCCACCAGCGACAAGGAGGUCCUCGGUCAUCUCAGACCUGAGAACGUCGGAGCAUUCCGUCGUAACCAAAUUAACCAGCAGCUUAUCCUGAGCAACCAAGCUACUCAAGAUUCGCUCGCAUUCAGCGGUCCCUAUAACUUGACUGCAAUCAAGGGUCUGAGAUCGGACCGAUUCGACACUGCUGCCAUUCCCCUUACACCCGCUCGCCGACAUAAGAGACAAAUGAGCGACACCACGCGCAGCCCCCUUGAGCAAAUGUCUUCAAAACGCAAGGCAACCACCGAGGCUGGCAACAGUCACAAGAGACACCGAAGCAUCUCUGAUGUGAACUAUCUACAAAUCUAA